AGAGAGCAAUGUGCCUUUCACAGAGCUCAGAGCUUGAUGGGAAUGUUUGAUUAGCUCCUCUCUGAAAGAAAAAAGGUGUCCAGGCCUCCCUCUGCUGCCUGCCUCUCCUUCUCUAGAAUAAUGUUGGCUGGAGUUUGGGAUACAGAAAAGCUUGGAAAAAAACCCACUUUCAUACUGUGUGGAGAAAAGGAAUAAAAAGUUGCACACUUCAAACAAGUGCUCCUCAGCUCCUCAGCAUCCAGAUUUUGCUUUACUCACCAUGAAGGCCACAAUCAUUGCAACCUUCUUUGGUGUGUUUCUUACAUGUACAUACACAGCCAAGGAAGCCACAAAGAAGACAAAAAAGGCUAAGCUAUAUUUUGCACUCACAGAUGUACCCCAGAUUGAUUGUGAUGUCAAGGCGGGGAAGAUAAUCAAUCCAGAAUUCAUUGCAAAAUGCCCUCCUGGAUGUCAAGAUGUAAAAUACCGUGUUUAUGGCACAGACAUUUAUGCUUCUUUUUCCAGUGUCUGCAAUGCUGCAAUUCACAGCGGUAUAAUUGACAACACAGGUGGGAAGGUUCUUGUCCAGAAAGUCGCCGGGCACUCUGGCUACCGCGGGAGCUUCUCCAAUGGUGUCCGCUCCCUGUCACUGCCACGCUGGAGGGAGUCCUUCCUCGUGUCAGAGGGCAAGCCAAGAAAAGGUGUGACAUAUCCAUCAACUCUUGAAUAUUCUUCUUCAAAAAGUACAGCUGUUAAAUCAGAGCCUAAAAAACCAGAGCAAGACCUAAAAGGUACGAAGAGUGCAGACACCACUAACACAUCUGAAAAAGCAUCAGAUCAAGGGGACACAGUCCGCAAAGAGUAUCAGACAACUCCGGUGCCGACCCCAGCCACACAAAUGGCCACCACAACCCCCACACCAACGGCCACGACGAUGGAUCCUUCCACCACAGUGCCACAGCCAACCACAACACCUGCAGCAACCAGAACCACAGCACCUCCAGCCAAGACGAGACCUGGACUGCACAGGGUCAGAGAUAUGGGUUCUAGCAGUGUCCACCCAGCAUAUGCAUCUGUGGUAGCGGCAGCAGCAAGACAGGUUCAGGCUGCACAAGGAAGAGGACAGAAUACAGCAUUCAGGGGCACUUCCACCUCUGCAAGUAACAGGAAUAUUUUACGACACGAUACAGGUGCCCAGCGCCAAGAGCCCGUUGCCACUUUCCAGAGGGCUGCCAGCUCUCCAGUCCACCUGGCAAUGGAAAUAGACUCAUGGAAACCUGGACUGAGCCUCUUUGACACAGGCUUCAGUUCAAAGGAAGAAUUGAAUCCAAAACCGCUGGAAUCCAUCUCCCAGGGGAAUCAGAAUUGCAAGGUUGAUUUGUGCUUCUUAAUGGAUGGGAGCUGGAGCAUUGGCAAGCGCCGCUUUCAGCUCCAGAAGCGGUUCCUUGGUAACAUGGCGCAAGCCCUUGGCAUCGGCAGCGCUGGGCCUCUGAUGGGCAUUGUUCAGUAUGGUGAUGACCCUUCCACAGAAUUUAACUUAAAAACUUAUGCCAACUCCAAGGAUCUACGGAAUGCCAUUGACAAAAUUCAACAGAAAGGAGGACUUUCCAAUGUUGGGAAGGCACUUUCAUUUGUUAACAAAAACUUCUUUCUGGAUGCUAAUGGAAACCGAGGUGGAGCACCCAAUGUGGUUGUAGUGAUGGUGGAUGGGUGGCCGACCGACCGAGUGGAAGAGGCCUCCAGGCUGGCCAGAGAAUCAGGGAUCAACAUUUUCUUUGUCACUGUUGAAGCAGCUGCUCAAAGUGAAAAGCAGAAUGUUAUUGAACCAAACUUUGUGGACAAGGCAGUGUGCAGGACAAGUGGUUUCUACUCCAUCAACGUGCCCAGCUGGUUCAGCCUGCACAAGGUGGUGCAGCCCCUGGUGAAGCGCGUGUGCGACACGGACCGGCUGGCUUGCAGCAAGACGUGCCUCAACGCCGCCGACAUCGGCUUCGUCAUCGACGGCUCCAGCAGCGUCGGCACCGGCAACUUCCGCACGGUUCUCCAGUUUGUGGCCAACAUCAGCAAGGAGUUCGAGAUUUCGGACACCGACACGCGCAUUGGAGCUGUGCAGUACACCUACGAGCAGAGGCUGGAGUUCAGCUUUGACAAGUACAGCACGAAGCAGGACGUGCUGAACGCCAUCAAAAGGAUCAGUUACUGGAGUGGGGGCACCAGCACGGGAGCAGCCAUCAGCUACGCCUCAGAGCAGCUGUUCAGCAAGUCCAAACCCAACAAGAGGAAGAUCAUGAUUCUCAUCACAGAUGGCAGGUCUUACGAUGAUGUCAGCGUGCCAGCCAUGGCAGCUCACCAAAAUGGAGUCAUCGCUUACUCUGUUGGAGUUGCUUGGGCAGCCCCAGAUGAACUGGAAGCCAUUGCAUCAGACCCUGCUAAGGAGCAUUCCUUCUUUGUGGAUGAAUUUGACAACCUCUACCGCUAUGUUAAUCAGCUCAUCCAAAACAUUUGCACAGAGUUUAACUCCCAGCCACGGAACUGAUGGACUCAAGCAAGGCAGGACCCUUGGGUGCUGUGCUAAAGGCAUGACAAGUGCCACAGAAACAAUGCCAGUCCUCAGUUCAGAAACACUGGAGAUGUUUCCCUCUGGCACUUUUCAGUCAGCAAGGUUGAUUGCAGCUCUGUCCCUAUGCAUGAUAAUGCUCUGCGUAGACUGUUGAUUUUUUUUUUUUCA